AUGUUCGACGACGACAAAGGAUCGGAUGGAUGGAUGGAUGGAUCAACGACGAUCGGGAUGGAUAGAUCCGGGGCAGAUCGGGAUGGACUGAUUUCUAUCAAACGACGAAGGAUGGAUGGUAGGAAAGGAUGGAUGGUUGGAACAAUGGAAAUAGAAAAUCCAAAGUUAUGUUGAAAGCUGUGAUUGAAGAAACUCUGGACAAUGGGUUGAAUGGGCAGGCCAAUCAGGACGAAUGGAUCGGGACAAGACGACGACGACGACAAACAAUAAGGAUGGAUGGAUGGAUUGGGACGAUCGAAAGCGAUUUGGGACAAAAUGACGACGACAAAGGAUGGAUGAAUUCGGGACGGAUCGGGAUGGACGUUAAGUGAGU